AUGCAGACACAACACUUCCACGUCAUUGAACACGUUUUACCAGCGACCUUGGUUCGAGAGCGGCGCCGCGUUACAAAGAACAAGACGGAUAUUCUCCAGCUUGCUGUCAAGCAGUACAAGUGCAUUGCUAAGCAUCCUGAGUGUCGGCGCAUCACCGUCAUAGGUGCCCACGCCAACGGGUUUCCCAAGGAAUUGUAUGAACCGAUCUGGGACGAUUUACAGACACUACUCCUCGCUCAAAAUAUCGCCAUUGACAGCGUCUUCGUCGCCGAUGUUACUGGUCAAGCCGCCUCUGGAAUUCUCAACAAGCACAAGCUCGCCAACGACUCCACAUGGAUGGAUCACCCGCGCGACCUCUUCCUCAUGAUUAACCACUUUCGUGACCAAAUGACCGAACACCUCGUCGGCAUCGGCCACAGCAUGGGCGCCAACAACCUCGUCAACCUGUCCAUGAUACACCCGCGCCUCUUUACGACCGUAAUUCUCAUAGAGUCCGCCAUGCUCAACUUCUUCGAUCCUACAGUCCAUAUGAUUGCGCGGAACUCGCUCGCCAGGCGGGAGAAGUGGCCCAGCAGGGAAGCCGCGCUCGCAUCUCACCAAAAAUCGCCCUUUUACCGCAUCUGGGACCCCAGAGUCCUGGAUAGAUGGAUCCAAUAUGGUUUUGUGGAGGAUCCCAAAGAUACGUGUUCUUCAACACCCUCAGUGACUCUCGCCACACCGAGGGAGCGAGAAGUGGUAUACUUUGUGCGCCCGGAGCUAGAGCGAAUCGACACCGCCCGGCUUGCGGAUGCCAACGGCCUGCCAUGGGAUCCUCUAUUGCUUCUUACGAGUGACGAGCUGGUUGAUACGCAGAAUCGGCUGCCUAGACUGCUACCCGGUGCCCUCUUUAUUCAUGGCGGAGGCUUGACGACGCGACACAUUGCGGAUGCGCGCAUGAUAUCGGUAGGAAGGCAUCCUGAGGGCUCAGGCGGCGUUGAAAAUGGACGAGCAAAGGAAGUUUGCAUGCUAGAUGCAGACCACUUUUUGCCAUUUACCCAUGUCAAAGAAGUAGCAGAGGCUGUAGCACCUUGGAUUGUGCGAGAGCUCAAGUGGGCAGAUGCCGAAGAGGCCCGGGAGCUCAAGCUCAUGAAAGACACGGGUCCCGAUGGCCAGGAUGUGUUUACAGAUGAGAUUCGCCAUUUGAUUCUGAAGAGCAAGUUUCCCAAGGCCAAGGAGCGUACGAGCCGUCUCUAG